GUCAUAUAAAGGUGUUUUCUCACAGCAUAACUUCAGCAACUGUCAAAGUUUAUUUUAACUAAAAAUUUUAUAUUGCGUUUAUUUUAUUAUGGCAGUAUACUAAAUUCUCAACUUUCAACAAAAUAAUGGAGAAAUUACCAGUAGAAGUUAUUGAAAAUAUUCUCACUUUCAAGAAAAUAUCUAUUGAAGAUGUGGUGCAUUUUUCUUUAACUUGCCAUUAUUUUCAUAAUAUUGUAACUAACAACAACAAAAUCUGGAAAACUAAGCUGUUUCAGAAAUUUCCCCAAUUAAGAAGCCUAUUGGAAAGUAAACAUAUCAUUUUCCAACAUGAGGUUAAAUAUAUUUAUGAACUGAAGAAAAGAACUCGAGCUUUACUUGAGAAAAUGCCCGCCAAAUUUUACAAGAGGUAUGAAAUCUCAGACUCGGAUCUAUAUGAGUGGAGCAGUAUUUUACUUGAAAGAGAAGAAGUAUACAAAUGUCUUGUAACAGAUUUAAUGGAGAUUGUAAAUACAGAUGUUUCUAUCAAGAGUAUAGAAGUGGUACCAUUAAACACACCAGGAAAUAAGACUUUCCAGUAUUAUGCCAAUAAAGUACUCAGAUACAUACGACAGCAUCAUCUUUCCAAAGUUUGGAAGGAAUACAUAUCUUUACCACCAUCCAGACAAAUUCUUGAAGUAGGUGCUGUGUUUGUUGCUCAGUGGUGUCAACCAAAUGUUGAAGUGACUGUUGAGAAUAUAGGCCACAGAUUAGAUAUGAUAGCUGAAGAGGUUAAGUCUGCAUUGCGAACAGUAUAUCCCGAGCAUCCGAUAUUUAAAGCGACUCAAGAGCAACUCGAUUUAUGGCGCAGACAAAACAAAGAGCAAAAUGAAUGGAAAGUAAACGAAUGUCGUCAGCUCAUAACUAUCAUGCGCGAAGUACUCUUUCAACAGAUGAGAUUCAGUGGAAAUAACCAUGCUUAUUAUAUGCCACAAAAUUCAUUUAUUAAUGAAGUUUUGGACAAACGUCAAGGUUUACCUAUAACAUUAGCAAUUGUAUUUGAAGGUGUAGCUAGAAGAUUAGGUCUAAGAUGUGAGCCUAUCAGUUUCCCAGCGCAUUUUUUGCUUAGGUUUUGUGAAAGCGUUGAUCCUGAAUCCGACUGGUACUAUAUUGACGUUUUUAAUGGAGGUCAAAUAGUGGGAAGAGGAGCUUGUCCGCAUAGCAGAUUUUCAGGCUCCAGAGAUCUCAUUCCGGUUGCCACAGCUGUACAAGUGAUUGAACGUAUGGCAAACAAUUUGGAAGUUUCAGCCAGACAACAUGCUCAUCCCAAUGGAAAGAUAACCCGUUUAAGGUCAAGUUUGGAGUUGUUGAAAUUAGUGAAUCCAAGAGAUAUUUCAGCUUUAGUCAGCUUAGCUAGAUUAUAUAUGCUACACAACAUGGAUACUAAAUCUUUGGAAACCUUUUUGUUAUCUCAGGAGUUUGAAGUCCCCGAGCAAGCUCAAAGAGUACUUCAUAUGCUUCGAGAUUACGAAGCGCAUCAUUCGCGCAACGACCUGGGUCUUUUUAGUCAAGUAGAAGCAGCACAACGUACGCCAAAUUUACAUUAUGCCGUAGGAAUGGUGAUGAAGCAUAUGACUUUAAAUUACAAAUGUGUUAUCUACGACUGGGAUCCGGUAUGCUUAGCAGCUGCCGAAUGGCAAGCCGAAAAUAAUGUGGACAAAUUGCAGCUCAAAGAUGAACAACCCUUUUAUAACGUUCUGGUGGAAGAUGGGUCUCAUAGAUACGUGGCUCAAGAUCAGAUUGAAGCAAGAAAACACUUAAUCAAAGCUACACUUCAUCCCAAGAUUGAAGUAAACAUGAGAAACCUUUUCCAAGUCAAAUGUUUUCCGGGAUAUGUUCAUGUAAGGGGAAAAUGUAGGGAAAUUCAACAAUGAACUGCAUGUCUAUUCGUUUUGUGCAGCUGAUGGGAGGUAUCACCAUUUAGAGUGAUCGUAUCGAACAAAUUUGUCAUCACCGUAAGAUUUUUAUAACUUAUAGUUAUACAUAUAAUUGUUCAAAACAAUGGUAGGUAAUGUUUGUUGCAUCGAAAACAGCUACAGUAAUAGUAAAAGUGGUAGCUCUUUUUAUUAAUUUCCGACUCAAAUUCAUAAAAAGCAUCAAUGUGAACUGAGAAUUGCAGCUAAAAGGUCUAAAAAGUUUUAUGUAAUAAUUACUCUAAAUUAAAUUCCACAUGUUACAGCGUAUAUAAUAGUUUUACAAAACGUUUCUGUAAAACAAUAAUACUAUUACAAUAAUAUAUAAAUAUAUUUAUACAUUUAUAACAGUAAAUCUGCAUUUACAAUUGCACAAAAAAUAAAG